CUGAAACAAAAAAUUUCUGCAUCUGAUGUCAAAUCACUUAUAGUAGUAUCUAAAUUAACUCUAUCUGGAGAACCAGUAGGGCAUUUACCAGUCCUAAGUCUGAGUAAAGGAGGACUGUUGGACUGUACGUUUGGUAUCUGUAUUUCGUAAAAGUGAAUCUAUCUACAGAAUCGCCAACCGGAAGAGAUCAAUAAAGUUUUGUUUUAAAAGGCAAAGAGUCUUCAAAAGAAAACAAGCAAGUAAAUAAGAACUUUAGGACUGAAAAGUGAAAAUAUGCGGAAGACUUGACAGUUAUAGCAGAAUAAGCUGCAGCAGAAGGAUGUGUAGAAGAACUGUAUGAUAUGACUAAGUUAGCAGAGAAAUACAGUAGACCAGAAGAACCGAUCAAGAACAAAGAAGGAAAAUUGACUGGUAAGGAUCAACAGCAUCAGAACAGGGGGAUAGUGGACCAGGAAAAGCUCUUGAAUAAAGGAGUUUCAAUAAAGCAGCGCGCAUAGACUUCUUUUUAGAUGUUAACCCACCAACAAAAAAUUAAAUUGACAGGGCCUUCAGAUGAAUCAAGAAUGACGAGACGGCAGGAACAGAUAGCAUACCAGUUGAAGCACUGAAGUCAGAUAUAUAGGCAACCGAAAAGAUGUCCCACCUUCUCCUGAGGAAUUUUGGAGGAACAAUAAUUGCCAUCAAACUGGAAGAAUAGUUACCUCACAAAAUACCAAAGUAAUGAGAUUUAGGUGAGUGCUAAAACUACAGAAGGAUCACAUAACUGUUAACACCAGUUACAUUUUUAAUAGACGCUUAGCUAACUGAAUGAAAGUCUCAGUAGACGUCCAACUUCGAGAUCAACAAGUCGGUUUUCUUAAUGGACGAUCAUGUACCGAUCAACUGGUGAUAAUGCGGAUGAUCAUUGAAUAUUCAAUUGAAUGAAAGCCAUCAUUAAACACCAACUUCCUUGGUUAGGACAAAGCAUGGAUAGAAGUAAUCUUGUAGAAUCCCUUUUAACAGCAUGGAAUAACUGAAAAGACUGUCACCAGCAUACCAAACUCUCAUGAGGGACUGAAUUACAAAGUUGCUUAUGGCGGGCGGCUUGCCGAUACCUUUCAAUCGAUCACUGGAUUCAGACGUGAGUGACUGCCUUCGCCUUCUCAUUUUUGGCCAGCUGUUGACUGGAUUACGAUGACCACAUUCCAGAGGAAGUACAGAUACAGUGGACGGCUUGGAUGGAGCUGGAUGAUCCGAAUUUUGCAUAUGGCUUGACUCCUUCACAAUUUACACAGCAAAAAAUAUGUGCUAAAAAGGUCAUCGUAGUAGUGGCCGCCACAGAAGUUUGGCUAAACACUUACAACAGUAGAACGAGAUCGUUAUGCUCAACCAAAUCACAUUUGAUUGGGAAGUUCUGAGAUAGCUGAGAGAACUUACAUGCCUGGGCAGAAUCAUUCAUAAACAAGCAGAAUCUAAUGCAAAUAUCACUAGACCAAUCAGCAGAGGAAGGGCAACAUCCCUACAACUUAAAACUAUCUGGAACUCAAAACAAUUGUUCCCCAUGACCACAGAAUUCUCAUCAUUGACGUAAAAAUAGUACUAUUUUAUGUGAAUGAAACUUGAUGGACUUCCACUACCAUCAAAAUUACAUUGGUAUUUAUAAACUUCUAACUAUGAGAGACAUCAUAGUGAACAAAAACUCAGAUGGGGAGAACCAAUUUAUUAUUUCAUUCAAACGUACACGGGGUAUUCGUAAAAUAUGAAAUCUAUACAGUAAAUACAUUAUGUGCACAUCUUUCAGUUGUCCUUUACACGCUUGAUGAUUCUUCCACUUCUGUUGUUAUUACAAUUGCUCACUGUUCCUCUUCCCAUUCCAUUCAAUUUAAUCUUCUUCUGACAGGCGGUUCACUUCCAAUUACUACCACAUACUACGUAUAUCUGUCAAUAUGAGUAGCAUACACCAUAAUACUUCAAGCACAUUCGCCAGAGACCAUCAGUAAUAAACUGCUUUGGAAGACAACACAUCAGUUGAUAGCUGAGGAGGAAAUUAGGAAUAGACAAUGGAGGUGAAAAUGACAACUCACAAGAUGAACCCUAACUUCUAAUCCUCAAUGCAAAAGAAAAGAGAUAGAAAGAUGAACAUUUAUCGCGCGUAAAUGGAGGCAGACAUGUAGACCAUGAAUACCAUUUGGCUUCAACCGGAGAGUAGAGUUCAGGACAAAGUUGGUUAGAGAUCCAGCGAGCGGAGGAACAAACUCAAUUAAGCAAAUAUCAAAAUUACAACUUGAUCAGCAAACGUCAAUCAACAUUGUAAACUAGAAUCUCAUAAUAAUAGUUCGUACCUAGCAAACAAUCUAUACAUUAUAUGUCAGAAUAAAUAACGAUUUAAACUGCGAAAAUUUAUUGUUGAAUUAUGACAUUUGAGUAUAUGUUGUCCUGAAUAAAGUAGUAACAGGAUCGAGUGUCUUAACUGUCAUCAAUAUUACAUUUCCAGAGAACCUGUUUCAAUCGUAUGCAAACAUCUAUCUUGAUUAAGUUUGAGCUUCAUUUUAACAGAGAAGCACAGCAAUCCAGCUUGUAAUAACUAUCUACUAAAUACUUUUAUGUCAUCAAAAUGUACUCCAAUUAUUCUUGACCUUCUAUGUCCGACAUAUAAGGCCGGAUGAAAAAGUUUCCUGCUUCAUCGCAAUCAGUUUGUAGACCGUUUGAUCUACUCAAUUGCAGCUAAUUUUAACAUCAUAAAACAUUAUAAAGUCAUUAAAAUUCGCUUAUCUUUUUCUCUUUUAGAUUUCUUAAAAAUGCUUGGGAAUGCGUUAAAGAUUACUAUCUUACUGAUAGCUUGGACUAGUCACUGUUCGGCACAAUUCGACCUAAAAAACUAUCCCGACUUAUCAGGAUAUUAUGGUGAGGAUCCGUCUGAAGAACUCGUCAAAUCUAAACUAAAAGAUUCAGAACUAUAUGAUCGCUAUAGAAUAAGACGUCAUUUUAUGCCUCAACGAUUUGGAAAAAGAUACACAAGAUUUGUGCCACAACGUUUUGGUAAAAGAUUAUACGUUCACUAUUAUCAACAACAAAAAAAGGAAACGAUAGUUGAAUGUCCUUAAAAUCAAAUGGUCUAUUAAAUUGUUAACUACCGUGGUGGAAACAAAAAUACGUGACCUAUAUAGUCAUUGUUCGUUUAUUAUAAUUGAAUGAAGACAUUUAUGAUAAAUCAGAAAAUAACUAAUAGAAAUGAAUAAAACUGACAUUAAAAUGUGUAAUUGAUGCUUCUGCAGAAACGAUGAAUCGGUGAAUUUUC